AUGGCAAGCAACAUGAGUGAAAUACUUUCAUCAAAUGCUAUGCGACCAAGACGUCGCAAGGUACAGAAUUACCUAUUGAUUUGGGUCGAUGAAAACAUCGACGUAAAAAACGAAGAUUGCCAAAAUACGCUCGCACACUUACGAAAUGUGGUGAAGGAAGUGAAUGUAUGUGCAACAUCUGAAGAAUGCAUUGAAGCUCUUAUUGAUGUAGAUGGCGGAAAGGCUUUCGUCAUCUCAUCAGGAGCUUUAGGACAAAAUGUAGUGCCAGUAAUACAUGAUAUGGCAUGCGUCGAUGCAAUCUACGUCUUCUGUAGCAAGAAAGCGCGACAUGAAGUUUGGACGAAAAAAUGGUUCAAAAUUCGAGGUGUUUUCACCACAAUCAAGCCAAUAUGUGAAUCGCUCAAGAAAGUUACACGGGAAUGUGAUCAUAAUUCCAUCCCAAUGAGUUUUAUUUCAGUACAGAAGGGAUCAGCAUCAGAUGAAAAUAAUUCGAAACAGUUGCCAGCCGUAUACAUGUACUCGGUUCUUUAUAAAGAAAUUGCGCUGGAAAUUGAUGAUGAUGAUACCAAAUCGAUUAAUAAUCUUUUCAAAUACUGUCGUGAACAAGGUAUUGCCGAAAACGAAUUAAAAGAAUUUCAACGGGAAUACCAGAACAACUCAGCAGUGUACAUUUAUACAUGUGAAUUAUUCUUUUACACUAUGCUCAAUUGUGCACUAUGGACUCUUGAUACAAAAGCGAUGACAAAAAUGGCCUUCUUCGUUCGAAAUCUUCAUCGGCAAUUGGAACAACUUCACAAAGACCAAAUAAAUGAAUUUAAAAACACAUUUAUCGUUUAUCGUGGUCAAGGUGCAACAGAAGAACGAAUACAACAGCUCAUUAAUACAAAGGGUGGACUUCUUUCAUUCAAUAACUUCUUAUCAACCAGCGAGAAGCAACAAGUGGCUAUGGGAUUUGUCGAUCGGGCACUGGGAAAGAAUAAUUUAGCUGUAUUAUUUACCAUGGUAAUUGAUCCCAGCAAAGUGUCCACUUCAAAUACACCAUAUGCAACUAUUGAUGGUCUCAGUGCUAUUCCAUCGGAAAAAGAGAUACUCUUCUCAAUGCACACGGUAUUUAAUAUUAUUGAUGUUAAACAAGCUACGGGAAAUAAUCGACUAUGGGAAGUACAGCUAACUCUUACUGACGACAAUGAUCCGCAAUUGGCUGAGCUUACAAAGAGUAUGCGAGAGGAUAUCGACGGCACUGGAUGGCCUCGAAUGGCUAAAUUAAUGUACACGUUAGGUGACUUCGGCCAGGCCGAGGAAUUCUAUAAGGAAUUAUUCGAGAUUUUAUCCAGUGACAGUGAUCGAGCAUUUAUUUAUCACAAGCUUGGAAACUUGAAAGACCAACAAGGUGAAUAUCAAGAAGCAGUGAAAUAUUACGAGGGAUCCCUCGAAAUUAAACGAAAAACUCUUCCAGAAGAUCAUACACAAUUGGCUGCUAUUUAUCAACAAUUUGGUCUCACCUAUGACCACAUGGGUGACUACUCGAAAGCACUUGAAUAUUACAAAAAAUCAUUGAAAAUCUUGGAAAAAACUCUGCCUCCAAAUCAUUCAUCGUUGGCUACUUCCUACAACAACAUCGGUCUGUUGUAUAGCAACAUGGAUAACUACUCGAAAGCACUUCAAUAUUACGAAAAAUCGCUGGAAAUAAGAGAAAAAACUCUGCCUUCGAAUCAUCCCAAUGUGGCUAAUUCCUACAACAACAUCGGUUUGCUUUAUAGCAAUAUGGGUAACUGCUCGAAAGCUCUUCCAUUUUUCGAAAAAUCACUGAAAAUAAGAGAAAAAACUCUGCCUCCGAAUCAUCCCGAUUUGGCUACUUCCUACAAUAACAUCGGUAUGGUAUAUAACAGCAUGGGUGACUACUCGAAAGCACUUGAAUAUUUCGAUAAAUCACAGAAAAUCUACGAAAAAACUCUGCCUCUGAAUCAUCCCAAUUUGGCUUCUUCCUACAAUAACAUGGCUUAUGUAUACGUGAGCAUGCGAGACUACUCAAAAGCUUUGUCACUCUUCGAGAAAGCACUUGUUAUUUUGCAAAAAAGCCUCCCACCAGCACAUCCUCACAUCAAAUCCGUAAAAAACAGUAUUGACGAUCUCAAAAAGAUAAUGUAA